AUGACACCCCCAAGGCCAAGAGAAAUAAAGGCCCCAUGGCGUGACCUUCUAGCCUCGCAUCUCAAACAAACCCCAGGCUAUGAGUUCACCCUUGGUACAGUUGAAUACAACUCCGAUGGUGAACCAGUACCCCGUGUCCGCACCUGCGGCUGCCGUGGUUUCUUCCCCGAGCUCGAGCUCCAUCCAAGUGGGCAAGAAGACGUGAAGCAGCAGGCUCAGGGUGGUGGGAAUCCUGCUAAGUAUGAGAGUGAUCUGUUAACAUUUACAACGGAUCCUCGGAUGGAGAAGCUCUCCCAAAUUGUCGAGUCUGGGUAUCAUGUUGAGGCUGUAUUUUGGCUUCAAGACUUGAUGACCCAAUGGCGGGUCAAAGGAAGAGCAUUCGCCUUUGGAGAACCUGAUGCUGAGAAUUCGGAGUCUCCAGAGGAUACCAAAGCUAAGAUACGAAUUACUGAGUGUUUGCGCCACAAAGAUGAUUAUGAUGAGAGCAAGGAGUGGACCUGGGAUAAUGUUGUGACUGAGUAUUUUGCAAACCAUUCUCCCAUGAUGCGAGGCUCUUUUCGGUGCCCACCUCCUGGAACACGUAGAUCACAUGUGCCUAGUGACCCAUCCUUGAAGAUGGGACAGAAAGUUUCUGAUCUACACGAUCCUGUUGCCCGUGCCAACUUUAGAGUAGUGGCUAUCAUUCCUGAUGAGGUUGAGCGACUUGACUUAUCUGAUAUGAGCAAUGUACGAAGGGAAAAAUGGGAAUUUGUGGGGUCCGACGAUCCAAAAGAAUCUAGCGAGCCUUGGGCACACUGUGAAUUAUGGCCGUGA